AUGACAGAAAAACCGGAGGGGAAGGGAACCAAUGCCGAGAGGCUUGCUGCGCUUGAGGGCGCCGUCAACCAGGUGCUCGAUGCAUCUGAGGCUCAUCGUUUGGAGGUGGCAACACAGAUGCAGGUGCUCACCAAAGCCGUUUCUGAGUUGACUGAAGCAAUCAAGGGACCAAGAAAGAAACACAAGAACUAUUACCACAGUUCCUCUUCCGAUUCAGGGAGGAGUGAUGAUGAAGAUGACGUGGGGUCUGACAACUCGGAUAACAGUGCUGAGACCAAGAAAAAGAAGAAAAAUCGGGAUCCAUUGCUUGAUUGCCGGAAAUUGAAGAUUCCUGUUUUUUAUGGCGCUGAUGUUCACGGGUGGGUUUACAAGGUUGAACGAUACUUUGAAGUUCAUAAAUUUGGAAAGAAAGAUCGUUUGCAGGCAGUGGCAAUCUGCCUUGAGGGUGCACCGUUGUCAUGGUUUCGUUGGAAUGAUGCCAAGAAACCAUUCCGUUCUUGGGGAAAGUUUAAACGAAAGCUUCUUGAAAGAUUUCAAGGGUCGCGUGAGGGCAGUGUUCAGGAACAGUUCUUGGCCAUCCAACAAACGGGGACGGUACAGGAAUACAUGGAUAGAUUCGAAGGGUUUGCAGGGCAACUACACGAUGUUCCAGAAUCGAUUCAGGAGAGCACAUUUAUUAAAGGUUUGAAAGAAGAUGUUCGUGCAGCAGUCCGGAUAGCAGAACCUGAUUCCUUAUCUCAGGCGAUUCGAAUGGCCAUUAAAAUUUACGAAAACAGGGUUGGGGGAUUGAUCAAAGGGACAAGCAACGCGUCUAGAUCCGGGUUUGGCUUCCAAGGCAAGUCCAACACCUCGACCGCUGGUGUAAUGACUAAGAAAUAG